AUGUCCGAUGACUCGCAUUGCUUUGGCCUUGACCCAGAUCACUGCACCAAUGCAGUCAUCGACGGGUUCAGCCGCCUUCUGACGAAGGCGGACUUCGAUCGUUUGAAGUCCAAGAAAAGCGAAGCGGAUUUGGUGAAAGCAGAAGCGCUGAUGCAACAAGCAUGGGCAGUGGUCGAAGCCGAAGCUUCCGACAAGGCACAUCUUCAGAUGGCUUUCUGCCGCUAUCAAAUACGCAUCAUCCUCUACAUGCUCGGCAAGCAGACGAAGGGCAGGGAGGCCAAGGAGUACGACUCCCUGGCCACGUUGUCGAGCAUGUUCAGCCAGGAGACCUUGCAGGUUCAGCCCGGGCAGGCUUCCCAGGCUGCAGCUUCUUCAGGGGAGCAGGUCCGAGACCUAGAGGCCUCGAAUGAUCAGACUUUGAUCGCAAAGCAGCAGAACAAGCAUGUGAAGGUUGGCCAGGCUUACUUGAUCAAAAGGACGGAGCCCGUGGAGGCUGACAAAGACAAAGUCUUUGUUUUGAAGGACUUGCAGCAGGAUGGUGCUACCUUGGAGCAUCGGCCUUUCUUUGGCGAGCAGGUGCAGGUCGAGAAGGUGGCUUUGCAGGACCUCAAGCAACUCAAGGAAUGGACUAAAGCUGUGCCUGCUUUGGUCGAGGAGGAAGCUCUUCAGAAGCUCUGGCCCGGUGAUUCCGAGAUCUUCCAGGACGAGCUGGCACGAGCAGAAGACCAAGGGCUUCUCUACAAGAAAUACUUGGAGUUGGGCGAUCCAGACGUCCGGCCAAGCAACAACGGCUUGCUGUUCUGCAACUGCUCCUAUGCCAAGUUUGACCUGCAACUCUAUCCUUUGGGGCAGCUGCAAAAGGUGCAGAAGCCUCGCCCCCAGGAUGUUGUCAUCCAGAAAAAAGGAAUGAAGCAUGACUGCUACGUUGUUUCGCCCGUUCGCUGGGACAUCCAGAAAUCAUCCGGUUACUUUUGCCCGUACUGGAUGAUCAAGGAAGCAACGGAGAGCCAAACGGCUACCCUCACCAGAACCACGAAGAAGAUCGGCGACAUGGUGGUGCCUGUUUACCAGAACAAGGUUGCAUUGAAGAUGGGCGACCAGCUGCUCCUGGAGCCGAAGACGGAGGUUUGGCUCGGCAGCAUGCAGGUCACUCGGCAAGUCAUUCUGCAGUACAAGGGCGGCCCCAAGGUCCCUGUUUCCGAGGGCCUGGUGCAUGCGGCGGACAAUGGCCAGCAAUAUCUUCGGUUCAGGCCGAGCAGCACGAGUCUGACGAGAGCCGUGCUGGGGCACAUGGAGAAGUUCAAAUCCCUGAAAAACCCAAGCUUGAGCUGCAGCCCACAAGUGUCGCAGAUCCGGGAAACGGUGAAGGCCAAGAUCCUGGAGAUGGGAAGCAAGGAGCAGAAUCCGGAUGGCAGUGAGAGGGACAAUUUGUUCGAUGCUCCUGUUGUCAAUGAAGAGGAGGAUUCGGCCAAUGAAGUCACCGCCCGAAAGCUUCGCGAAGCUUUGGAGAGAGCACCAGAUGUUAUGAAGAUAGAUCUCGGUGGCAAGCAGGUGGAGGUCUUGAAGCCCAGGAAUUGGCGAGAAACAGACAUCUUGGUCAAGCUCGAAGAGUCCGACCUUGAGCAUGUCUUCGAUUUCCUCAUGGUCGAUGUGGACUCGGUGUACGAGAAGCCAAAGCGACCUUACGUCCGAUCUGGCAGGUUUGCGGGCAAAAGGAAAGCCGAUGAGGACGACAAGCAGAGCGAUUCCGGCUGA